AUGCAGGAACAGUUCUGUCCUGUGAACUGCGAGGUCUAUUCGGACGGCUGUUAUACAUGUGUCUGCGAUCGCGACGGAUUCAACCCCAUCUGCGACACGACGGAAUGUGUAGAGACAGGCCAACCGGAAUGUCUUUGCGAGUACGCCCACUCGAAAUGCGAGCCAGAAGAUCGUAUAUGUGCGGUAUAUCUUCGCGACGAGAAGGGUUGUGAGACAUGUGCGUGCGAAUUGUACCUGGAUUCAGUGGAUACGAGCAAAGGCGAUCUGAUGACAGUAGAAGGCGUGUGCCCCGACGAUUGUGAAAUGUACUUUGACGGUUGCAACUUUUGCAUAUGCGGGGACUUCGCUGGAUGUACUUUGAAGAAAUGUACGCCUUAUGAAACAACAGAUCCAUUCUGUAUCGAUGACUACGCAGACAACGAACCUUCGACUCCUUUAUACAUUACGCCGGACGACAAUGACCUUGUGAAUUGUCCCAUCUAUCUAUGUACUAUAUCCUGCUUAUACGGAUAUCAGCAAACGGAUAAUGGAUGCAAUGCGUGCGCGUGUAAGCCCAAGCCGGACUGCCCCGAACUAGACUGCCCAGCGUGCGAUACGUCUUUAAUGGUCGACGACACAGGUUGUAGCACUUGCGAUUGUUUCGUUCAAAAGUGUCCCGAGGGUUGUAACCAGUACUCGGACGGAUGUAAUACUUUCCUAUGUUUGGAAGAUCAAGGUAUGGAGAAGCAAACCAAUAUCACGUGCGUUCGAGAAGAGUAUCACGCCGCCGCGUGUUUGGAAGGCGCGGAAAUAGCGAUCCCAGAAAAUUGUAGACGAUGGUUUGAUGGGUGCAACCAGUGUAUGGUUGAUCUUGAUGGCACUGUCAUAACGUGUUCAACGAGGCAGUGCACCGUGUUGCGAGAUGCGCAGUGUGUGAUGUACUACCAUGACGAUGACGAAAUAUCCACAAAUUCAGCUGGAAACCCUCGAGUGGAUGGCGAUAUAGUGGAAAUGAACGAUAGUGCAUUCGUGGGUGUUGGACGUUAUCCUUCGGUGGGUAAAGAAGAAGCGAUAACUCCCAGCGUCGACGAUUGA